AUGCAAAACAGGAGAACUGUACCCUUUUAUCUUUGUUGCGCGCAGAAAUGGACCACAGUCACAUGUGCCAUCGAAUCUAAGCCCAGGAAGAAGGACAGGUCUCCUCCGCAGACCGUACCCAGCCAAAAGGCGCAGCCCGAGGGAGUUCCAUUUGCCAGUCCCACCGGGAAAAAAGAAUUAGGUGAACAGAGCUCACCUGGCGGUUCCCUAAAGGAGAGAGAACCGCCAGGUGAGCUCUGUUUGCCUGUCUUAGAAGAACCACUCAAACAGAGCCUACCUCUUGGUUUUCCCGAGGAGGGAGAACUACUCAAACGGGGCCUAUCAGCCGUUUUAGCGAAGAGGGAAAAUCACGCUAGCGACUCAUCUACCGGGGAGGAAAGAGCAAGCCAUCAUCGUUCAUCGUUUACGGCGAGAAAUGAACCAAGCAGAUCUGAAAGCGAGGAGGCACGCGGACCGGGUCCACUAUCAAGGACGAAGGAGGAAGUCCGCAUCUCCUGA